UUCACACAGCGAGCGCAGCGCCUACCUACUACUGCUUCUUCUUCUACCGUCAGUUUAAACUCGCAUUCAAUUUCCACCAUUGAUGGAGCAAAAUUCCUUCAUAAAUCUGCCAUCAGAACUCACCACCAACAUCCUCCCUCUCCGAAGCAUUUCAAUCAGCAAAUGCGUCUGCAAACCAUGGCUCAAUCUGCUCCAGUCCGACGAUUUCCCCAAAUCCAAAAUCAAAACCCCACCCGUCCUAGCUCGCCUGAUUCCGACGGAGAACAACUCAAUUCGCUGCAAAAUUUUCGAAUUCGAAGACAAAGACAAAGCCGAUGUGGAGAGCCACGCUCUUCACCUCCACCAACUCAUAGAUCUCGGAAUCCCUUGCGAAAAUUCAGAAUCAAUACAUCUAUCUCGGGCAGGUAUGAAGGGGUUCCAGAGGAUAAAAAUGAUAACAGCCUAGAGUGUGUUUUGCAUGAUAAUGUGGGGACAAGAAUCCAAGCAUCAUUCAGUCCAUGUUUAUGUUAUCUCCUGUAAAUUCUCAGCUACAUGAUUAUGCAGUUAUCUAAGUUGAAUUUGUCAUUAAGUCCAUGUUUAUGUUAUCCUAAUUUCACAAUGUUACUAAUAGUGCUAAAUAUUUUGCAUAUGUAAAAACUCAUUUUACAAUGUAGUUUUCUUACCUUGAAUC